AUGUGGGUCUGCUACAAUCAUCCCCCCUUACCCCAUACACAAUCACUCGCUCCUAACGGCCAGGCGGCGCGGCGCGGCGGCUUUCUCGAAGCAAAUAGCAAAUUGGCCGUAUUUGAUGGCAAAAAAGCAAUUCGAGGAGGAAUUCCGUUUGUGUUUCCACAAUUCGGCCCAUGGAACUUCGGUCCUCAGCACGGGUUCGCCCGAGUUGUGCGGUGGAGUCUGGAACGAGCCCCGGAACGGCUUCCUAGCGGUGAUGUUGAAGCCGUUUUCAGUCUCAUGGACAACGAAAUCACACGAUCCAUGUGGAACUACCCAUUUCGCAUCACAUAUCGGUUGAUACUGCGGGAGAAAGAGCUGCACUUCCACAUCGGCGUGUACAAUCCUAGCAAAGACCUAACCUUCUCCUUCAAUCUGCUGCUGCACACCUAUCUUAAGGUUCCGGACGUGCGCCGGUGUCAGAUCACUGGACUGCACGCGUGCACCUUCAUCGAUAAGACACGAGAUGGUGCCAUCUAUCAGGAGGGCCGAGACGUAGUCACAAUCAACGAAUGGACGGAUCGGAUCUACCAGCACACACCCCAAGAGCACAUCAUCACUAAUGUUGUUUCCGGACGGAAGAUGCGUCUUCAGAAGUAUAACUUCCCCGAUACUGUUGUAUGGAACCCGUGGAUGGAAAAGGCUCGUGAAUGUCAGGACUUUGGCGAUGACGAGUACCCUAACAUGAUCUGCGUCGAAGCAGGCCACGUUUCAUCCCCUGUCAUCCUCCUGCCCGGUACCGCGUUCGAGGCGAGCCAAAUACUUCAGGUUAUGUGAGUAGAAACCCAGGGAGGUGCUGUGACCCGCAGUAAAGGUUCCUCCCGAGCAAAAUCUAAGAAGAGUAAGCAACAGAACCAGCAAAAUCAGCAAAACCAGCAGCAACAGCAAGCUCAGCAAUCAAGCAACCAGCAACAAAAUCCACCAGCAAAUC